UACGGUGAUUGAUGCAAUGACACACUCCCGCCAAUUCCGACUUGGGAGCGCGAGGCAGGCAGUGGGGUGAACUAAGGGACUGUGUGGAAGAUGCGGAAAGAGAAUGCGUUAUGUUUUAUGUGAAUAAAUUAGAAAUACAUGUCGUUUAGAUAGCAGUAUAGUAUUUGAUUUGUGGUCGGUUGCAUUCUCGGUUUUUUUAGGCUACCUGCACCGUUUUCUUUACGGAGUAUUCAUAAACGAGUGGAACACCGGCUUAGUGGUUGGGAUGUUGGCGGCGGAAACUCCAUCUGUGGACGGACAUCUGGCAGCAUCGACUCCCCGCAGAAGAGGCAUGGAUUGUAAGUCGAGUAAAAAUGCCAACAAAAAACUUAUCCAAGCUCGUCUCCCAUUCAAGCGCAUGAACCCUGAACCUAAAGAGAACCAGCCACCUAAACGCCCCUGUGCACAUACCUGCCCCAAACCAGGCGACUCGGACAGGGAGAAUGAGAAUGAAUCUUCUGCGCUCUCUGCACACUGUGGACCGCCCUUGGUUAACGGCCGCGGGCCCCUUGAUGGCUUCCUGAGUCGAAGGCGCCCUGCGCCAGCGGAUGAGAACAUGGUUAUAGAUCUGACCGCAGACAACGCCCUGUCUCCCAUUAAGCGCCUUGUUUCACCUGCUACCACCUCAUCCCGCCUCCCAGCGAAAGACAAGCAUCUGGGAAAAGAUAAAACUACAUUGUCUGAGAAAUCCAGCUCUCCUAAAACACACACUUUAGACUGCACAGUUGUCGAGACAGAUGAGGAAGAAGAUGAAGAUGAAGAGGACGAAGAGAUGGAGGAGGAGGAAGAAGAAGAGGCUAAUCUGACAGCUUCAGUUUCGCAGAUUGACACAACGCAGGAUUCUGAAAGUGAGCCAGAGGAGCUGGAGGAGUCGGGAAACAGGUCCAUGCUGUCAGCUUCGUCCGCCAGCGGCACAUCCGAAAGCUCACCAGAGAAGUCCAAGACUGAUGACCCUACAUCCCCUUCUACACCCAGCACUGAGCCAAAGACGACCCCCAAGAUACCAUCAGAUCAGAAAAAUAUCAGAAGGCGCUCGUUGAAGAAAGUCCAAGAACAGGAGGAGAGGCAUCUGCUGCGGCAGGAGAAGGACCGCCAAAGGGAAGAGGCUAAAGCUGCAAAAGAGAAAAAGAAAGAAGAAGCUCGUCGUCUGAAGGAAGAGCGAGAAAAGGAAAAACGGGAGAGAAAAGAAAAAGAUGAGCAAGAGAAACGAGAGAAAAAAGAGAAGGAGGAAAAAGAAAAAGCUGACAAGUUAAAAGCAAAAGAGGAUCUACGGAAAUCCAAGCAAGAGGCAAAGCUUGAAGAGAAAAGGAAGAAAGAAGAAGAGAAGCAAAUGAAAGAAGAAGAGAAAAGGUUAAAAGAAGAGAAGGAUCGUGUCAAAGCGGGGAAAGCAGAAAUCACACGUUUUCUGCAGAAAUCAAAAAUUCAACAAGCUCCAAAGUCUCACCUUAGUGGCUUUCUAGGUUUGGUGGGUCCUGAGCUGCGGGGCCCGUCCCUGAUCCAGUCUUUCAGUCCAUUCAGAUCUCUAAUGCUCUCUUCUCCCUCAGUACUCAGUCGGCUGCUGCCUCUGCUGCACGGCAACACCAACAGCAGCAAGGUGAUCAUCAGUGAGUUCCAGGAGUUUUGUCGCCAGCCGACCACCUCCUCAUCUUCAUCGCCCCCCGAACUGUCCAGCCCUCAGAGUCAGGCAGAAAACAUCCCCACCAGAAUACAGGUGAAGCGCCUGAUGAAGAGCAACGCUGCUUAUGAGAAGCGCUCCACCUACAGACGCUGCUGGUACGUCCAGGCGGAGGUUCUGACCCGCUUCGGUCAGGACGCUCUUCCUGUGCCCUGCCAAUGGACCUACCUCACCACAGGGGCUCGAGAAGAGUCCCGUGAAGAACCACAGGCUGCCACCGGCUCUCAGGGAAACUCCCCCACAACCCCACAGAACUCCUCGUCCACAUCGUCAUCCUCCAACAAAAGGAAAAGCACAGGCAGCAUGUCAAUCACCAAGUUCAUGAAGAAAUGUGCUGACCCAGAGCAGGCAAUAGAGGCAGAUGGUUUUCAAGCUGACACUGAGGAAGAUGACGAAGAAGAUUGUGUCAUUGUGUCCACAAAGACUGGUGAGUUACACAGAACCAAUAUUAAACUGUUAUUGGGAACUGUAGUUGUUUACUAUAAGUUUCAGAUUUAAUUUAAAGUGCACCUAUCAUGCUAUUUUUAGGCAAUAGCAUAGGUCUCAGAUAU